CGAUAGUUGAAAACAAACUGUGACUAUGAUUUUAUCUAUUUACAUUCAGAUACUUGAAAGCUUUGCAUUUGUUUAUAUAAAUACGAGAGCCUAAAUUGGUUUUAACCUUACUUGUACUUUGAAUAAACGAAUAUCUGAACAAAAAUGAAGUUUCUCAAUGUAGUAGGCGGAGGUAAAAUGCCUAUUAUAGGCCUUGGAACUUGGCAGGCUACAAAUGAUGAAGAGCUUACUUCUGCUCUGAACCACGCUCUAGAAGCCGGAUAUCGACACAUCGACACCGCUUACGUCUACGACAACGAAAAGAUAAUCGGCAAAGUCCUGAAGGAAUGGAUCUCAUCAGGAAGAUUGAAAAGAGAGGACCUGUUCAUCACUACCAAGCUACCCAUUUGCGGUAUACACGAAGACAGGGUUGAAAUGUUCAUGAAAAUGUCUUUGGAAAAUCUCCAGUUGGAUUAUGUUGAUUUGUAUUUGAUCCAUUUCCCUAUUGGUACAAAUUACAUCGAAGGUUAUUCCAGAACUCCUAAUGAUAAGGCUGUGCUGGAGAAGUCAGAUCAUAUUGCUAUUUGGAAAGAUAUCGACUUAUGGGACCAUUUUUGUUCGACUAAAAUCUAAAGGGACAGAAGUACCUAGAGCUUUUGCGAAACCAGGUUGUGCCGGCUUUACGAGCUAGUCUAACCGAAGAUGAGUUUAGAAGAACCUGGUUUCAACAGAACGAAUGUCCGGCUCACUACACCAUUCAAGUCAGGAAUUUCUUAAGAGAACACUUUGAUGAAAGAAAAAUUUCAUUAAAUGGUUCAAUGUCUUGGCCUCCUAGAUUCCCUCACCUUUCACCCUUGUAUAUCUGCCUCUGGGGUCAUGCAGAGAAUGAGGUCUAUGAAUUUGAUCCUCCCGCGGCCACAGAAAUUCUGAGACAAAGAAUUUUGACUAAACUGGCUAAGGUUGUACGAAAAACAGUCACCAAUUGUAAAAAAUUUCUGGGUACAAAUGAACGGGAUUUUGCAAAUCUGUAAAUUAAUACCCACUUACAUAAUUAGAUUUGACAUUACACUACAAUUUUAUAAAAUGUGUGUUUGUUCAAGUGUGAAAUUUUACGACGAUUUUUCUGACAAAACAUUUGACUGGUUGAGAAGUCCAUGUUAACGUUAAUAUUCCACUGAAAAUUCAAGGCGUUUUUGUGUUUUUUAUGCCUUACGCAUGUUAUUUUCUGACAUCAUGGCCUCCUUAGCAAAACCUAGUAGGGGAGAAGGGGGCAUAACGGGGACGUUAAGGAAAAUAAAGAAUAAAAGAAUAAACAAAAUAUAUUUUUCAAUCAAAACUAAUCUUGAUACUUUGGUUGCAUAUUACAGAUUCAUUUGGCACAGACUUUCGUAAAGUAACUAAUCAAAUAAUAUCCUUAAAUUUAAUUCUACGAAAUCCUUAUUAAAUCCCCAUUGUGCCCCACGGUAGUGGCAACACGGGGUACAUAGUUAUAUUGCUUCACAGUAUAAGCAGAUGUGGAUUUCUUUCGAAUUUUUGUCGUCAAUUCCAGCACAGGCUGUAUGAGACCAACGUUCACUCAGCUGGCAGGCCACCCAAUUCUCUGCAGACUUCCAGUAACUAUGGUUCUCGUCAACGCAAUAGAGGCAUAAGAUAUCCUCGUCCACUUUUUCUACGUCCUUCUUCUUCUGUUUCUUCGAUUUCGCUUAUUUGAAAAGUUGUUAUUAUUCGCCCCGGAUGCGACCUUAACCAGUUAGAACAAGCUUGGUCAUAAUAUACACUCAGAGGUUUCAUAAAGCCAACAUCCAAAGGUUGGAGCCUGUGGGUGCAGUGAGGGGGAAAGAAAAGCAUUACAACUCCAUUCUUACGCGCACUUUCAAUAACCUCUAAGUUUUGUGUAUGCGUUACAUGACCAUCUAGAAGCAGCAAGACCGGGUUAGUUAUUACGUCAUAAAUGUCUCAGUAGUCAUCCAGCCUCGAGCAUUGCAUUCUGCCGUCGUUCCUGGAGGAGCGUGAUCCAAUAACUCCUGCUUCAUUCUCUGUCGAGGAAAUAUCAGCAUGGGAGGCAUGUAAGUUCCAGCUGCAUUAAAACAUACUUCAACCGUGACCGUCUGCCCUCGUUCUGCUGAAGAAAGUGAGCCUACCUGUUUCCUUCCCUUUUCUGCAAUUAUUUUGCUCUUUGUUUUGGAGACACAUGAUAUGCCAGUCUCAUCGCAAUUAUAUAUCCUAUCUGGCCUUAGAUUAUGUUUAUCAUAUAUUUCCCCGAGCAAGGAAUAAAAUUUAUCCACUCCCACUUUGUUGAACCCCAUUGCCCGAGCUGCUGAUGUGGCUUCUGGUUUGCGGAUGGAUAAAUCUGGAUGACGUUUCAUGAAUCCUUUCAACCAAUCUACGUCAGCCAUCAUUUUAUCAUGGUUAAUAUUAUUUUUCUCCGCCAACUGAUAAGCCAGAUUUCGUAGGACGACAGUGGUUAAUCCGAACAGACGUUUCUCCAUUUCUUUAAUAUACCUCACGAGCUCAUCUUCUUCUUUUUUGGAAAAUUCGGGUUUAAAGUUACCUGGAGUGGAGUUGAGGGACACCUCGCCCUUUCGUGUUUUGACGAGAUAACGCUCCAAUGUAGUUUGUGGAACACCGUAGAGUUGAGAUGCUUUUCUGUAGCCUAUUGUUUUGCUCAAAACUGCAUCAAUUGCUUGUUUCAUGCUUUCUUUAGACCCACUGCCUCUGGAACUUUUCUUUUUGUACGUACGUACCAUUUUUUAUCUGCAACAAAAUGAACCCUAUUCACAAAUAAACAGAUUAUUCAAACAGCUUACAUAACAGGGGCAUAAUGGGGACAACAGUGACGAGGCCCAUUGUACCUCAUCACCACGGCCCCGUUAUGCCCCCAUGUGUAACAUUCUUUUUAAUUUCGAACAAACAAAAAAAUUGGUAGUUACAGAGAUGUUUUCCAAAACAUAUCAAUAAUUGAUGUCUCUUAAAAACACAACACAAAAUCGAUGGUAUUACUCUGAACACUUACCUUUUUAAAUGCGUUUUUGUAACCACUUAAAAUUAGAUGAAAUGACACCGAAAACAAUUAUAGGUUAUAAAACAAAAGCGCGCGCAGACAAGUCGCCGGAUACUGUCAGACUGAAGAGUGAUGCAACAUAGGUAGGCUGUUGGCGGUGACAACACACGUGUGCGUAGUUAUAUAGAUAUAGAUAUGUUGAUGGCCCCGUCGUGCCCCGCGUCACCACUAUGCCCCCACUUCCCCUACCUAACAUUACGUGUGAAGAUAUUCCGAUGAUACUUCAAUCUUUUAUGCACUUGUGAGACAUCACUAGACUGGAAAUUUUCAAAAAAUCCAAUAUGGCGGCCAUAAGAAAAAUGAAAGUUGCGGCGGGUUGCUGGAAAACAAAAGACGAUUGAGACAUGCCGUACAUGCCAUCUUAUUUUUCUUAAAAACUGUCACAUUUUGACAGCUUGUCAAACUAACCGUUUUGGAUUUACCGGCAAAAAACAAAUACCGCCAUUUUCGGUUUUUCACUCAUAUUUUCAAAACGAUUUGACCGAUCUUAAAUCUGAAGCUGGCCAUCGAAAGCACCAAGUUUUCCUCUAAAACUUUCCAGGAGCCGAGAUCCGUGCAUAGAGAAGCGAAUCAGGGACACACUGUAUUAUGUGGUUUUAUUCGGCCAGAUAAUGGAGUCCGGUGAACAUGAAAACCACAGGAUAAGUUGCAGGAGUUACAUUAAAAAAAUUAUGUGAAAUCAAAAUUCAUCGCAAUUAAGCAAAUAAUAAAGAAAACGCAUGCAGUUCAGUCUAACAUUUUUUUUUUCGUAGAAAAUGGAGGAACAGGUGGAUGCAGGCAGAACCAAAGCAAUCGGCCUUUCCAACUUCAACAAGCGACAGGUAGAAAAGG